CUAUUAUAUACCCGUCACAUGCACCCCCGCACAGGCCACCAGAGAACAUGACGUCAGGGCCUGGAGGCGCACCGGUUCGACAACCUCGGCCGGCUGGCGUGAGCACCACCUCCAUUCAUCAUGCAUUCUCGUCCUCAUUCUCAUCUAUCCGAUGGCCUGAUGCUGAUGCUGCACUAUGAUAUCGUACUGCAACUAUUGUCGUCCUACCUCAGCCUUUGUUCCGUCUAGUUUAGUUUAGUUGAGUGAAUCUGUACACCCAUACACCCCGUGGACAGCAGCAGUUGAGACGCACGCGCACACCCAUAUUUUACCUUGCAGCGGAAGCCUCGGGCUUCUUUGUUCAUGCAGAAUGCUGUCUGAAGACAGCGGCUCGGAGCUGGACUCCUACCAACUCUACCAUCGAUACGAAGAACCCCGACCGGAGAAGGAUUGGAAGCGGGCUGCCCUGGCCGGCCCUGCACUCCCCGCGCUGGGAAAUGCCCUGGCUGGUGCGGUGGGGUCGGCGCUGUCCAAUGUCGCUACGUACCCGCUGAGUCUCAUUGUUGCCAGACUACAGACGCAGAGGGUACGGGGAACAAAUAAAGAGAGCAGCAAUACGGAUGCAGGGGGCAGUGAGAAGAAGGGUCAGGGAGUCGAGGAGGAGGAGGAAGAGGAUUACACCGGCGUCAUCGACGCAGCGCGCAAGAUAUACGCCCAGGAAGGCAUCGCAGCCUUUUACACCGGUCUAGCGCAGGAUACCUUCAAGUCUGUGGCAGACUCAUUCCUUUUCUUCCUCGCCUACGAGUUCUUCCGCCAGCGGAGGAUCAGGGCCCGGUUUGGGAAUACCCGGCGGAGCAAGCAUACGGUUCUUCCGGUGUUGGAUGAGCUGGCGGUUGGGGUUCUGGCGGGAGCGUUUGCGAAGUUAUUUACGACGCCGUUGGCGAAUAUCGUGGCCAGGAAGCAGACGUCGAAGUCUCGUGCCGGUACCAAGGAGAUUGCGGCCCGUAUUCGGGCGGAGAAGGGCCUCCGCGGGUUUUGGUCGGGGUAUUCGGCUUCGUUGAUCUUGACGCUGAAUCCGUCGAUUACGUUUUUCUUGAACGAGGUGCUGAAGUUUAGUUUGCUGAAGAAGGAUAAGAGACAGCGGCCGUCUGCAAUGGCGACGUUCUUGUUGGCCGCCUUGAGCAAGUCCGCUGCUUCAUCGGUCACAUAUCCGUUUUCCAUGGCGAAGACGAGAGCGCAGGUCGCGGGUAAUCAGCCCUCGUCAGCGGAUGGGGGAGCGAAGCAGGAGGAUGAGGGGAUCUCGUUGACCCCGGCGAUUAUUGGGAAUGUUCUCGCUAUUGCACGCACGGAGGGCAUGGCUACGCUGUAUGCUGGUCUUCCGGGGGAGGUUCUUAAGGGGUUCUUCUCACAUGGCUUUACGAUGCUGGCGAAGGAUGCUGUUUACUCUGCUAUUGUGAAGAGCUACUACCUCCUACUUGUCGCCCUUCGACGAUACCCGACCCCGGAGGAACUGCUGCAGCGCGCCCGCGAGCAAGCGGAGGAGUACGCAGACACGGCCCGGGAGGGUGCUCGCGAUCUCGCGGAGAAGGCGCGGAGUGGCACAGAAGAAAUCCUAAGUCACCAGACGGGCAGUGUGACGGUUGAUAUGACUUCGAGCGAGACGGGGGAUGUGACGGGGUCGAAUGAGACGGCGGAGAUGGUGGGCGACUAUGUGGAGGACGAGGGCGAUGCGAAGGAUCUCUACCACUGGUUUUGGGAAAAGGAAAAUGUAUUUCGAUUUCGAUUCCGUGUCUCCAUGAUGUUCUUGACCGGUGGAUCCGAGCCGCGAUCGACCCGUGGCUCUGGCGCGGGCUCUGGCUUUGGCUGCCCGCCCCAUUCGCUCUCCAACCACCGCCUGUUUACUUCCUCUUCCUCCUUCUCUCUCUUCCUCGACCCUUUCCUCUCCCGGUGUCUCCCUCAACCUCACAUCUCCAUGUCGGCCGAACCACAUUCCAGUCCUCUCGGGGACCUGGAGAAGGAACUCACCUGCUCAAUCUGCACGGACCUUCUCUACCAGCCUCUCACCCUCCUGAACUGCCUGCAUACCUUCUGCGGCUCCUGUCUGAAAGAAUGGUUCUCAGCCCAAGCAUCUCGCCCCAGCUCCUCCGUCCGCUUCACCUGCCCCUCCUGUCGCGCCGGCGUUCGCGAAACCCGCCCCAAUGCCACCGUCACCACAUUACUGGAUAUGAUCAUCACAGCGACUCCGGACAAAGAUCGACCGGAUGCGGAGAAGGAGGAGAUUGCGAGGAGAUAUAAGCCGGGGGACUCGGUUUUUCCUGCGUUGCCUGCGGAGAGGAGCCCCGCUGGAUCGGAUGAUGAGGAUCGGAGACUAAUGCAGGAGGUUCGGGAACUUAGUUUGCAAGAGAGUCGAGCGAGGACGACGACGACGACCGGUCAGCGGUCCAGGCAAUCGUCGCGGAGUCGGCGGAAUGAGAGUACGGAUCGGGAUGCAUCGUCGCGACGGCGCCGCGAGGAGGAUCGUGCUGCGCGGCGACAGCGGCCUGCGCCAGCCCGGCUCGGGGAGGAUCUUUCGGAGCGGACGAGACGCAUCGAGCAUCAGUCUAGUCUGCGGUCGUUGUUGAGCUUGUCGGAUACGGAGACCAUGCAGGAGGAGAUUCUGCGGCAGAUCUUCGAGGAGGGGCUGUUGGAUGAUAUUGAUUUGGAUAAUCUGGGCCCGUCGCAGGAGGAGGAGCUUAGUGAGCGCAUUGCUGAUGCAUAUCGGCGGCGGCACAGGCUGCGUUCGCGAUCGCAGCAGCGGUUGGAACAUGAUGCGCGACAGGCGGCGUCGCAGUCUCGUCCUCGUUCGCAGUCGAUGCAGAGACCCCAGGAUACUGCGACACCGAGGGAGUCAGCUCGGAACCCUCCCGUGUCUAGGCCGUAUCUGCUUGAUCCGCUUGUGUCGCGGAAUGAGGCCCCCGGUCAUCAUAGACGUCUGUCAGAGCAGGGCAGCGCGCAGCGGAGAACGUCUCCUGUGGCUGUGAACCCGGCGUCUUCGUCGGAGGUUACGCUACGGCCUGCGGCGCGGUCAUCGAGUGAUAUGGUUGCAGAUCGUCCUCGGAACUCGCAGGCUGCACGAGUCAGGGCUGCAGAGUCAAGUACACUGCGGUCACGACGCGCAACGGCUUCUGAGCGCACCAUCCCGAAUAUAUGGGUCGAGAAUUCUAGGGAACGCGCGAUACGACGAGCUCCAGGGAGGGUCUCGAUAGAUUCUCCCAGAGUAGUCGCAUCGCCGGAUUAUACGCGGAAUGGCUCCUGGCCGGCAAGUCCCGAGGUGAAUGUGCCUGCAACUGGUUCUUUAUCGGCACAGGUUGGAGGUCCAUCCAGACCGGAGUCACGAUCCCGUCCCUCCUCGUCCCGGUCGAAUGCGCCUCCCCGAUCAGCAAUUUCGUUCACGGAGCCGUCUAUUUCGUGUGACCGGUGCAGUAAGCCGAAUAUUCAAUAUGAGCUGCAUAAGAAGUGUCUGAAAUGCAAAGAUGGUGAAUACUAUCUCUGCCUCCGAUGCUAUAGGACUGGUCGCGGGUGUUUAGACUGGCCGGGCUUUGGGGCAUCAGCGGAAGAAAGUUUUGAACGCAUCCUCGCUUCGUCGAACGGCCAGCCUCAACCGUCACCCGAAUCGCAGCAGCAUAUCCUGCUGUCCUGCAAGUACCGUCGCGCUCCAAGCACGGCCUACCGCUCUGACAGAGACGGACGAGUUUUCACCACCGACGACCCUGCGCGCAGGUUACAAACCGGCCUCUUCUGCGACAGCUGCCAUUCUCCCGCAGACGACUGCUACUGGAAAUGCGACCAAUGCAACGAAGGCGACUGGGGGUUUUGCAAUCGCUGCGUUAACCAAGGCCGAUGCUGCACGCACGCCCUGCUCCCUAUCUGCCGCAUAGCCCCAGAGAGCGCAUCCCCAACAGUCACCACCAACAGCAACCCCUCCACCGAAACGUACAAGAUCCUCUCCAUCGCCACAAACUGCGACAUUUGCGCCCAUCCCAUACCCGACUCCACCCCUCGCUUCCACUGCCUCCAAUGCAACGACGGCGACUACGACGUCUGCACGAACUGCUACAUCCGUCUCGUCGCGAUCGGCAAAAUCCGCAAAGAAAACGGCCACAACGGCUGGCGUCGCUGCCUGAAAGGCCACCGGAUGGCCGUCAUCGGGUUCGAUGACCACGACCAAGAUGAACAAGGCCAACGCCGCAUCAUCGUCCACGACCUUGUCGGCGGCCGCGCCCUGAACGAUGACCACCUCCAGCCGUCUCCCACCGCCGCCGCCACGCCCUCGCCGCUCUCCCCUCACAUUCAGCAAACUAUCGAACAUCCCAACGUCGCCUCUCCCGAACUCGGCUCCGGUGACUGGAGCUGGAAAGAGGGCACCGAACGCCGGAAAAAGGCCUCUCGUUUUAGACCCUGGACUGUUGGCGAUCGUGACCGUGAUCGUGACCGCGAUCGGACUUCGGAACCAAGCACCCCCACCCCCACCGCUGCCAGUUUCAAUCUCUCAUCCAAUAUCAACAACACCAACAACCCAGCAGCCUCCUCCCCUAUCCCCUCCCGUCGAUUCCCUCCGAACGGCGGCGUUGGUCUAGUUCUCCACGCCUUAUGGUCAUGGUAUCCCGAGGACGGUGUCCAAGAUGAACUGAUGUUUCCGCGCGGCGCGGAGAUCACUGAGGCGGAGAAUAUCAAUGAGGAUUGGUACUGGGGGUGUUAUGCUGGUCUGACGGGACUGUUUCCGGGUUCGCAUGUUUUUGUUGCGGCGGAGGUUGUUUAAAGAUCUUUCUUUCUUUCUUCCUCUCACUAUCAGACAUACAAAAGAUGCGGGUUUGGUUUGGUUUCUGGUUUCUGGUUUCUGUUUUUCUCCUUGUCGUUUUUCCCCCCCUGGCUUCUGAUGCUGGUUUUCUUGUCUACGUGAUUGCUUUCCUACGAUUGACCUGAUGAUGACUCGAUGAUAUUCUUUGAUGUAGCUAUAUGCCGAUUACGAUACGAUGAGAUGAGGAAUACGAAUUCGAAUGAAUGCUG